AUGCUCGACACUCCCGACUACACAGACYCCGAGUCAAAUCCCACCGGCACCGCGAACAGUGUCGCCGGUGAUGCUCCGGAUGGUCGUAAGAAGCGAUGGGAGGCAGCGGGCCUGCGGAAGAGUGUAUUUGGCAAGAAGCAUGACCAGCUCGGCGCCAGUAAACAGGACGACUCGAUCCGCCGUUUCCGCUACCUACUGGGCCUGACCGAUUUGUUCCGCCACUUCAUUGACAACAACCCGGAUCCGAAGAUCCGUGAGAUCAUGGAGGAGAUUGAUCGUCAGGAUGCGGAGGAAGCAGCCAGCGCCGCAACAGGAAACAAGCGCAAGGGUGGUGCUGCUGGAGAUCGGCGGCGGCGGACCGAGAAGGAGGAAGAUGCUGAGCUACUUCGGCAAGGCAAGCAGGAAGGCAAGACAGAGCAAACCUUGUUCCGCGAGAGUCCUAAGUGGAUUCAAGGCGGUGAAAUGAGGGACUACCAGGUUGCAGGACUCAACUGGCUCGUCAGCCUGCAUGAGAACGGUAUUUCUGGUAUUCUUGCCGACGAGAUGGGUCUGGGAAAGACACUGCAGACCAUCUCGUUUCUUGGCUACCUGCGCUUCUUGCAAGGCAUCACCGGCCCACAUCUGAUUGCUGUGCCAAAAUCAACGUUGGACAACUGGAAGCGCGAGUUUGGCAAGUGGAUCCCCGAGGUCAAUGUUCUAGUACUGCAGGGUGCAAAGGAGGAGCGUGCAGACCUCAUUCAGGAGCGUCUGGUGGAUGAGAAGUUUGACGUUUGCAUCACCUCAUACGAGAUGAUCUUGCGUGAAAGCAGCCACCUGAAGAAGUUUGCAUGGGAAUACAUCAUCAUCGACGAGGCUCAUCGCAUCAAGAACGAGGAGUCAUCGCUCGCGCAAAAGCUCCGACUAUUCAACUCUCGAGGACGUCUGCUCAUUACCGGAACUCCGCUCCAGAACAACCUUCACGAGCUUUGGGCACUGCUCAACUUUCUUCUACCCGACGUCUUCGGCGAAGCUGAGGCUUUCGACUCGUGGUUCAGCACACAAAGCGAAGAUCAGGACACCGUCGUCUCGCAGUUGCACCGUGUCCUGCGGCCUUUCCUCCUGCGUCGUGUCAAGAAUGACGUCGAGAAGAGCUUGUUGCCCAAAAAGGAGAUUAAUUUGUAUGUCGGAAUGAGCGACAUGCAGCGCAACUGGUAUAAGAAAAUUCUCGAAAAGGACAUUGACGCCGUCAAUGGUGCAGCGGGGAAGAAGGAGAGCAAGACGCGUCUGUUGAACAUUGUCAUGCAACUGCGAAAGUGCUGCAAUCACCCAUACCUCUUCGAUGGCGCUGAACCUGGUCCACCUUACACCACCGAUGAGCACCUUGUCAACAACGCGGCAAAGAUGGUUAUGCUCGACAAGCUGUUGAAGCGUAUGAAAGCACAGGGCAGCCGUGUACUCAUCUUCUCGCAAAUGUCUCGUGUUUUGGACAUUCUUGAGGACUACUCCGUCAUGCGCGGAUACCAAUACUGCCGCAUUGAUGGAUCCACUGCCCAUGAAGACCGCAUUGCAGCGAUCGACGACUACAACAAKGAGGCCUCUGAGAAGUUCUUGUUCUUGUUGWCGACUCGUGCGGGUGGUCUCGGUAUCAACCUCACGACAGCCGACAUUGUCGUGCUCUUCGACUCCGACUGGAAUCCACAGGCAGAUUUGCAGGCAAUGGACCGUGCUCACCGUAUCGGCCAGACCAAGCAAGUCAUGGUGUUCCGUUUCGUGACCGAGAAUGCCAUUGAGGAGAAGGUUCUUGAGCGUGCGGCUCAAAAGCUUCGACUCGACCAGCUCGUUAUUCAACAAGGCCGUGCACAACAGCAAGCCAAGGCAGCUGCAUCAAAGGAUGAGCUGCUCGGCAUGAUUCAGCACGGAGCAGAGGUCAUCUUCGAGCAGAAGGAAGACACCUUCAGCAAGGCCGGAGGAAUCACCGACACCGAUCUUGACGACAUUCUACGCAAGGGCGAGGAGCGAACGAAGGAGAUGAACAAGAAGUAUGAGACGCUCGGUCUGGAUGAUCUUCAGAAGUUUACCUCUGAAGCUGGCGCUGCGUAUGAGUGGAAUGGAGAGACCUUCAUCGCCAAGAAGAAAGAGAUUGGUCUUAGCUGGAUCAACCCUUCGAAGCGUGAGCGCAAGGAGCAGUCCUACUCCAUGGAUAAGUACUACAGAAAUGCGCUUGCGACUGGAGGUCCUCGACCAGACCCCAAGCCCAAGGUCCCGCGGGCACCAAAGCAGAUGUCCAUGAAUGACUAUCAAUUUUUCCCCGCCCGUCUCGGAGAUCUUCAAGAAAAGGAGACUGCGUGGUUCAGGAAGGAAAACGGAAUCAAGGCUCCGCUUCCCGACGGCGAUGAAGAGGAUAUGGAGCAGCGCCUUCGAGACCAAGAACUGCAACAAGCGGAGAUUGACGAGGCAGAGCCGUUGACAGAGGAGGAGAUUGCGGAGAAGGAGCAGCUCGGCACAGAGGGCUUUGGCGAGUGGAACAAGCGUGACUUCCAACAGUUUGUCAAUGGCAGCGGCAAAUACGGCCGUAACGACUACCCCAGCAUUGCACUGGAGGUGGACUCCAAGGAUGCUCAUGAGGUCAAGGCUUACGCCAAAGUCUUCUGGAAGCGCUACAAGGAGAUUCACAACUGGGAGAAGCACAUUGCUGCAAUCAAGGAAGGCGAAGCUCGCACCGCCCGUGUGAUUGAACAAAAGGAACUGCUCAAGAAGAAGAUGGCAAUGUACCGUGUGCCGCUUCAGCAAUUGAAGCUGAACUACACCGUCAGCACCACGAACAAGAAGGUAUACACCGAGGAAGAGGACCGCUUCCUCCUCGUGAUGCUGAACAAGUUUGGUAUCGACUCUGAGGGACUGUACGAGAAGAUCCGUGACGAGAUCCGCGAGAGCCCGCUCUUCCGCUUCGACUGGUUUUUCCUGUCAAGAACACCGCAAGAGAUCAGUCGGCGCUGCGCCACACUCAUCACCACCGUCACCCGUGAAAUGGAAGGCGCUGGAGGCAAGGAGAACGGCAAGCGUGUGGCUGACGAGGAGGACGAGGAAGAAGAGGCAGAGCCUGCGAAGAAGAAGGGCCGGGUCUCUACUGGUGCCAAGAACAAAGCCGUCAAUGGUGUCAAGGGCACACCCAACGGCAACUCGCGCGCCGCGAGCGUUGAUACCGUCGGCUCGGGCGGUGGUGCGAAGCCAAAAAGCAAAGCUCGCAAGCGAUGA